CCGGACUGCUGCUUACCGUGUGCUCCUCCUCCCCAUCCCCGCCCCCUUCUGCGAGCAGCUUCGAGGUUUCGGUGCCCGGAAUGGCGGAAUCGACGGCUGAUCGGGGCCCAAUCUGAGGUUGGACGCUCGGGUGCCGCGCCCUCCUUGCCCGAUCUCUCGAAACCCCUUUCAGAAUCCGCGCCGAAAUGGCGGCCACCGUCCCGAUCGGGCUUGCGAAGCGCGAUUCGGUGGUGCUCUGGCCCGGGGGUCGCGAGGGACGCGCUUAUUGCGGCUGAACUGUGCCUGCUCUUCGCUGGUGGGCCGUGGGGGCUUGGGUCGUGCAGAGAGAUAAAGCUGCGUCUCUUCGCCGCCGCGAGGGGUUUGUGGCAUGAUCAGCGCUAGCGCUGUGGCGAUGCGUGGUGAGAUGGGCGGCGGUGGCGGCGGCGGUGACGAGGAAGAGCUGGAGGACGAGCUUGAUGCGCUGCUUGGAGCCGGUGGUGGCGGCGCGCAGCGGCGAGGUGAGGACGCCGGCGAGAGGGAACGGGAGCUCAACAUGUUCAGGAGCGGGUCGGCACCGCCGACUAUAGAGGGUUCUCUGAACGCCAUCAGCGGUCUGCUCCGCGGCGGUGGGGAGGCGGCACUUACCGUUGCCCCGAUUCCCGACGCUGAGGCGUUGAACGGGCACGGUGGACUCCUCUCAGAGGAUGAGCUCCGAGCCGACCCCGCCUACCUGUCCUACUACUACUCGCAUGGCAAUCUGAACCCGAGGUUGCCGCCGCCGGUGCUAUCGAAGGAGGAUUGGCGGUCAACACAGAGACUGAAGGCCGGAGUGGUUGGAGGCAUUGGUGACCGAAGGAAGGUACUGCAGGAGGAGACUGGGCAUGAGCCGACGGCGGGGAGGCCUGUGUUCUCACAAAAUCGUGGUUUUGAUCAGGAGGAUACAAGGAAGGAUGUCGGUGGUGCUGCAGAGUGGGUGGAUGGUGGCGGUGAUGGACUGAUUGGUUUGUCACUUGGGCGGCAGCGCAGCUUCGCUGAUAUACUUCAGGACAAUCUUGGCCGCAGAACUCCUACUUCAGAUCAUCCUUCUCGUGCAGCCAGUCGCAAUUCUUUUCUUGACAAUCAGGAACUACUAAAUUCUGCUGAGAACCAAUACUCUAUGCAUAAUGAUAUUCUGGAGGCACAACGUCCUGUUGGAAAUGUGCAAAAUGUUAGUGGCCUUCCCAGUAUGAAUGCAUCUACAUCUCAAACUUUUGCAUCCGUUCUGGGUUCGUCUGUUUCAAGGAAUGCACCAGAUUCUCAUUAUGUUCCAAGAGUCCCUAGCCCUGGCCUUCCACCUGUUGGCGUUAGGAUUAAUUCUAAUGAGAAGAAACUGAAUUGCUCAUCGUCAUUCAAUACUGCAUCCUCAAAAGCAGCUGACCCUGAUGAUAUUUUAGCUGCACUAUCAAACUUAAACAUGUCAAAAGAUGGUACCUUGAGUGACAGUAACAGCAUUAGUCAACCAAAGUUCCAGAGAGAGAUAAGUGAUCACCAGAAUAUUUCUCUUGAUCCAAAAGCUGUUCAAGUUAAUAAGAAUCAGCAUUCGCUGAUGUUGGAAGCUGAUUCUGAUUAUUUGGGUAUACCACCUAUUUCACAACCUUCAAAUCCUUCUUUUGCUGAUAUUAACAAGAAUGUCGCAGGUUUAGCGAACAUAAGAAAUUCUAAUAACACACGUGUAGAUGGACACACAGAAAUGCAAAGGCCUUCUACCUUGUCUGCUCGUUCAUACCACAAGUCCCCAUCAUCUUCCAAUGCAAGCCCAGGUGGUUCUCCUGCCCAACACCAGAAUCUUGACAGUAUAAAUUCAGCAUUUUUGAACUAUGGACUCGGUGGAUAUCCACUCAGCCCGGGUUUGCCUUCUAUGAUGAUGAACUGCAUGGGCUCAAGCAAUAUGCCUCCUUUGUUUGAAAAUGCUGCUGCUGCAUCUGCUAUAGCUUCACUUGGGUCAGAUUCGAGAAAUAUUGGUAGCAAUAUUUUGUCGUCACCUACCUUAAGUCUAUCUGAUGUGCAGAACCUUGGCAGAACUGGUAACCAAACAGCCACAGGUCUUUUAUCUCCUCUCUCUGAUCCGUUUUAUGUCCAGUACUUAAAGGCAACUCAAUAUGCAGCACAAGGAGCUGCCAACUGCAGUGACCCUUCCUUGGAAAGAGGUUUCAUGGGUAGUCAAUACGGUGAUUUAACUGCUGUUCAGAAAGCUUAUAUUGAAGCUUUGCUUCAGCAGCAGAAACAAUAUGGAAUGCCACUUGGUAAGUCAACUACUUCAAACCAAGGCUAUUACGGCAAUUUGGCUUUUGGCAUGGGCAUGUCAUACCCUGGAAGCCCUUUGGGGAGUCCUGUUGCUUCUCCAUCUGGCCCUGGCAGUCCACUCAGGCUCAGCGAGCGGAAUAUGAGAUUUCCUUCUAACUUGAGAAACUUGGGUGGCUGGAAUUCUGAUCCAAGUGGCUAUAUGAAUGAUAACUUCCCAUCUUCACUUUUGGAUGAAUUCAAAAGUAAUAAGGCCAGGAGUUUUGAACUUGCUGAGAUUGCCAGUCAUGUCGUCGAGUUCAGUGCUGACCAAUACGGAAGCCGUUUCAUACAGCAAAAGCUUGAAACCGCAACAGUUGAGGAAAAAGACAUGGUUUUUAAGGAGAUAAUGCCUCAGGCUCUCUCAUUGAUGACCGAUGUAUUUGGAAACUACGUGGUGCAGAAGUUCUUUGAGCACGGGAGUGCAGCACAGCGUAGGGAGCUGGCCGAUCAACUAUUUGGUCAUGUUUUAGCUCUCAGCCUCCAGAUGUAUGGGUGCCGAGUUAUCCAAAAGGCAAUAGAAGUGGUUGACCUGGACCAGAAGACAAAAAUGGUUACUGAGCUUGAUGGCCAUAUCAUGCGAUGUGUGCGUGAUCAAAAUGGAAACCACGUUAUCCAAAAAUGUAUUGAAUGUGUACCGGAGGAUUCAAUUCAGUUUAUCAUCUCAACAUUUUAUGGUCAAGUUGUUCCAUUGUCCACUCAUCCCUAUGGCUGCAGGGUCAUACAGAGAGUACUGGAGCAUUGCACUGAUCUAAAAACACAGGAAAUAGUCAUGGAUGAAAUAUUACAAUCUGUGUGCAUGUUGGCACAAGAUCAAUAUGGAAAUUAUGUUGUUCAGCAUGUUUUGGAGCACGGGAAGCCUCAUGAACGAUCUAUCAUUAUUGAAAAACUAGCUGGGCAGAUCAUUCAGAUGAGUCAACAGAAAUUUGCCUCAAAUGUUGUUGAGAAGUGUUUAACAUUUGGUGGACCUGCAGAACGAGAAGUCCUCAUAAAUGAAAUGCUCGGAACUACUGAUGAGAAUGAGCCUCUUCAGGCCAUGAUGAAGGAUCAGUUUGGCAACUAUGUUGUACAGAAAGUUCUGGAGACUUGUGAUGAUCAGCAACGUGAGUUGAUCCUAUCACGAAUAAAGGUCCAUUUGAGUGCACUGAAGAAAUAUACAUAUGGGAAGCACAUAGUUGCUCGGGUAGAAAAACUAGUUGCUGCUGGUGAGAGGAGGAUUGGACUUCAGUCACAAUAUCCUUCAUAAUGGCAUGAAAAUGACAAUGUACAGCUAACCAUGGCUAGCCAGAUCUACCUUCUGUCUUCUGCUUUGGGCUGCUACAAGCCAACAUUAAAAAUAAACGUGUUGUACUAAGAAGUUUGUACAUUUUGUAGUUUGAGCUUAUAGUUAUGUCAGGGUGAGGCUCGGAGUUUAUUUACCUGAUGCCGCUGCAGAGAAGAUAGGCGUUCUGUAUAAGUCGUUUAGGUGUAAAAAAGAGGAAGAAAGUCUAUAUUUUGCGAUGAGACUGUACAAAUCUGCGAUCCUGAGAGAGCUACCAGCUGUUCCUGUUUAGGAUAAGAUCUUAAUGAUCACCCAUGUUUAUCACUGAUGGAUGUUCUCGAUACUACUGAUGUAAUUGUUCCAGCUUCUGGAGGCAAAUGCCGUUUUUCAACCUUGAAUCCUUGAUUAC